GAUGAUGCCAAGCUUAUUGAGGAAAUUGUGGAUGACAUAUUUAAGAGAUUGAUCCAAGUUUCGUCAAGCAAAGAUAAUGGCUUGGUUGGAAUGGAUUACCACAUGGAUGAAGUAAAUUCACUAUUACGUCCUGGGGUGAAUGAUGUUUUCACCGUUGGAAUAUGGGGUAUGGGAGGUAUAGGCAAAACCACCAUCGCUCGCGCUCUUUAUGAUGAAAUCGCUUGUCAAUUUGAAGCUUGCUGCUUUCUCGAAAAUGUCAAGGAAGGCUUCUCCAAUAAUGGUGCAGUACAUAUGCAGGAAGUGCUUCUUUCUAGAAUCUUGAAGGAAAAGGUGCAGAGUUUAGGCACGUUGGAUCGAGGUUCCAGAGUGAUAAUGGAAAGGCUACAAAGGAAAAAAGUUUUCAUUGUUCUUGAUGACGUUGAUGAAUUAUCCCAAAUCGAAGCCUUACUUGGAAAGCAGCAUUCAUUUGGCGGUGGAAGUCGGGUCAUUAUAACAACUAGAGAUAAACAAUUAUUAAGUGGAGCUGGUGCUGUAUAUAAGCCCGAGAACUUAAGUGAGCCAGAAGCUCUUAAACUCUUCAACCAGUAUGCCUUCAGAACAAACCAACCCACCAGAGUUUAUGAUCAGCUCUCAAGGCGUGUAAUACAAUACGCUCAAGGUCUGCCUUUAGCACUCAAAGUCUUGGGAGCUUUUCUUGAUAACAAAACUGUACGUGAGUGGGAAGAUGUGUUAGAAAAAAUAAGGAAGAUCCCGCAAAGGGGAAUUCAUAAUGUGCUUAAAACAAGCUUCGAUGGACUAGAUGAUUCAGAGAAGGACAUCUUUCUAGAUAUUGCAUGUUUCUUGAAGGGAAUGAAAAAAGACUAUGCAACUGCAAUUCUGGACAGUUGUGGUUUCUAUCCUCAUACUGGAAUAAAAGUUCUAAUUGACCGAGCUCUUAUAUCUGUCUUGGACAAGGGGCAACUGAAGAUGCAUGAUUUACUAGAAGAAAUGGGUUGGGAAAUCGUUCGCCAAGAAUGUACCAAAGAGCCUGGGAGGAGAAGUAGGCUGUGGAGUUAUGAAGAUGUUCGUCAUGUGCUGACUCAAAAAACAGCUACAGAAGCAGUUGAAACCAUGAUCCUGGAUUCGACAAUCUUGAAAGAGGGAUGCUCAAAUACUGAAGCUUUUGUUAGUAUGACAAAACUAAGACUGCUCAUGAUCCGUGAUGAUGCUGAUACUUACACCAAGCACUUUGACAGAUAUCGUCUUGCAGUCAAGGAUUCAUUUGGCCAUCAAACUCCAAGUGGUAGCUUCAUAGAGCACUGGAUUGCAGACUUAAAGUUCCAAUCUUCUCAGUUCAGGUGUCUCCUCUGGCGUUAUUACCCCCUAAAGUCUUGGCCAUCCAACUUUCAGUUCAAGAAUCUUGUAAACCUUGACAUGAGCUAUAGUUGCAUCGAACAACUUUGGAAAGGAGCUGAGCCUCUGGAAAAGUUGAAAUUCAUCAAUUUAAGUCAUUGUCAAUACCUUAAGAAAACCCCUGACUUCACAAGGGCUACAAGUCUUGAGGAACUGAGUUUCGCAGGUUGUACAAGGUUAUGUGAGGUGGACCCAUCCAUUUCUGCUUUGAAAAACCUUGCUAUAUUGAAUCUACGCUGUCGAGAACUCAAGAGCCUGCCGAGCAGCAUUCAUAUGGGAUCUCUUCAAACCCUUAAUCUUUCUGGUUGCUCAAACUUGGAGAAGUUUCCAGAUAUUUCGGAUGUUAUGGAGAAGCUAUCAGAGCUUUAUUUAGAUGGGACUGCAAUUAAAGAACUGCCUUCGUCAAUUAAUAAACUCACGGGCCUUCCUGUUUUGGACCUACGAGGCUGUCGAGAACUCAAGAGCCUGCCGAGCAGCAUUCUUAUGGGAUCUCUUCAAACCCUUAAUCUUUCUGGUUGCUCAAACUUUGAGAAGUUUCCAGAUAUUUCGGAUGUUAUGGAGAGGUUAUCAAAGCUUUAUUUAGAUGGGACUGCAAUUAAAGAACUGCCUUCGUCAAUUAAUAAACUCACGGGCCUUACUGUUUUGAACCUACGAGGCUGUCAAGAACUCAAGAGCCUGCCGAGCAGCAUUCAUAUGGGAUCCCUUCAAACCCUUAAUCUUUCUGGUUGCUCAAACUUGGAGAAGUUUCCAGAUAUUUUGGAUGUUAUGGAGAAGCUAUCAGAGCUUGAUUUAAGUAGGACUGCAAUUAAAGAACUGCCUUCGUCAAUUAAUAAACUCACGGGCCUUACUGUUUUGGACCUACAAGGUUGUCGAGAACUCAAGAGCUUGCCGAGCAGCAUUCAUAUGGGAUCUCUUCAAACCCUUGAUCUUUCUGGUUGCUCAAACUUGGAGAAGUUUCCAGAUAUUUUGGAUGUUAUGGAGAAGCUAUCAGAGCUUGAUUUAAGUAGGACUGCAAUUAAAGAACUGCCUUCGUCAAUUAAUAAACUCACGGGCCUUACUGUUUUGGACCUACCAGGUUGUCGAGAACUCAAGAGCUUGCCGAGCAGCAUUCAUAUGGGAUCUCUUCAAACCCUUGAUCUUUCUGGUUGCUCAAACUUGGAGAAGUUUCCAGAUAUUUCGGAUGUUAUGGAGAGGCUAUCAGAGCUUUAUUUAGAUGGGACUGCAAUUAAAGAACUGCCUUCGUCAAUUAAUAAACUCACGGGCCUCACUGUUUUGGACCUACGAGGUUGUCGACAACUCAAGCGCUUGCCGAGCAGCAUUCAUAUGGGAUCUCUUCAAACCCUUAAUCUUUCUGGUUGCUCAAACUUGGAGAAGUUUCCAGAUAUUUCGGAUGUUAUGGAGAAGCUAUCAGAGCUUUAUUUAGAUGGGACUGCAAUUAAAGAACUGCCUUUGUCAAUUAAUAAACUCACGGGCCUUCCUGUUUUGGACCUACGAGGCUGUCGAGAACUCAAGAGCCUGCCGAGCAGCAUUCAUAUGGGAUCUCUUCAAACCCUUGAUCUUUCUGGUUGCUCAAACUUGGAGAAGUUUCCAGAUAUUUUGGAUGUUAUGGAGAAGCUAUCAGAUCUUGAUUUAAGUAGGACUGCAAUUAAAGAACUGCCUUCGUCAAUUAAUAAACUCACGGGCCUUACUGUUUUGGACCUACGAGGCUGUCGAGAACUCAAGAGCCUGCCGAGCAGCAUUCAUAUGGGAUCUCUUCAAACCCUUGAUCUUUUUGGUUGCUCAAACUUGAAGAAGUUUCCAGAUAUUUCGGAUAUUAUGGAGAGGCUAUCAGAGCUUUAUUUAGAUGAGACUGCCAUUAAAGAACUGCCUUCGUCAAUUAAUAAACUCACGGGCCUUACUGUUAUGGACCUACGAGGCUGUCGAGAACUCAAGAGUCUGCCGAGCAGCAUUCAUAUGGGAUCUCUUGAAACCCUUAAUCUUUGUGGUUGCUCAAACUUUGAGAAGUUUCCCGAUAUUUCAGAUGUUAUGGAAAGGCUAUCGGAGCUUUAUUUAGAUGGGACUGCCAUUAAAGAACUGCCUUCGUCAAUUAAUAAACUCACGGGCCUUACUGUUAUGGACCUACCAGGCUGUCGAGAACUCAAGAGUCUGCCGAGCAGCAUUCAUAUGGGAUCUCUUCGAACUCUUAAUCUUUCUGGUUGCUCAAACUUUGAGAAGUUUCCAGAUAUUUCAGAUGUUAUGGAGAAGCUAUCAGAGCUUUAUCUAGAUGAGACUGCAAUUAAAGAACUGCCUUCGUCAAUUAAUAAACUCACGGCCCUUACUGUUUUGGACCUACGAGGCUGUCGAGAACUCAAGAGCCUGCCGAGCAGCAUUCUUAUGGGAUCUCUUCAAACCCUUAAUCUUUCUGGUUGCUCAAACUUUGAGAAGUUUCCAGAUAUUUCAGAUGUUAUGGAGAAGCUAUCAGAGCUUUAUCUAGAUGGGACUGCAAUUAAAGAACUGCCUUCGUCAAUUAAUAAACUCACGGGCCUUACUGUUUUGGACCUACGAGGCUGUCAAGAACUCAAGAGUCUGCCGAGCAGCAUUCAUAUGGGAUCUCUUCAAAUCCUUAAUCUUUCUGGUUGCUCAAACUUUGAGAAGUUUCCAGAUAUUUCAGAUGUUAUGGAGAAAGUAUCAGGGCUUUAUUUAGAUGGGACUGCCAUUAAAGAACUGCCUUCGUCAAUUAAUAAACUCACCGGCCUUGCUACUUUGGACCUAACAGGCUGUCGAGAACUCAAGAGCCUAGCAGUCAUAUGGGAUCUCUUCAAACCCUUAAGCUUUCUGGUUGCUCAAACCUUGAGAAGUUUCGAGAUUUCAGAUGUUAUGGAGAAGCUAUCAGAGCUUUAUUUAGAUGGGACAGCAAUUAAAGAACUGCCUUGGUCAAUAAGAAAUCUUCCGAGGCUUGUUACGUUGAACCUAAGAGAUUGCAAAGAACUCAAGAGUUUUCCAAGCAGCAUUUGUGAUCUCAAGUCCCUUCAGUAUGUUAGUCUUUCUGGUUGCACAAAGUUUGAGGUGUUUGCAAACAUUGUAGAAAAGAUGGGACUAAGAGAACUUCACUUGCACGGAACAUCUAUCAAAAGAAUUCCACCGUCAAUUGAAUGUCUUCACGGGCUUGUGUUACUGAAUCUGAGAAACUGCAAAAGCCUUGGCAGUCUUCCAGAUGAUCUCUGUAAUUUGGUUUCCCUUACUGUUCUCAUUCUCUCUGGAUGCUCAAAGCUUCAAAACUUGCCGGAGAAGUUGGGAAAUUUAGAAUCCUUGUGGAACCUUGAAGUAGAGGGAAGUGGUAUAAAACAACUCCCACUUUCUUUAUUACGUUUGAACAAGCUUAUAAGGUUAUCAUGUCAUGGAUGUAAAGAAAUGACGGCACCCUUUUCAUCAUGGUCAACAUCAAUGGAAGAUUGUAGUCACCGUGGUCUGGUACAUCUUGAUUUAAGUGACUGCAAUCUGUUGGAAUUAUCGGGUAUUGCUCAUUUAUCAUCAUUGAAAACAUUAGACCUGUGCAGAAACAAUUUUGAGAGCUUGCCUGCAGAAAUGAAUCGGCUUCAUCGUUUAACAGAUCUCAAAUUGGAAGGUUGCAAGAGACUGAAAUCAAUACCAGAGCUUUCAUCAAUUAUAAGUUUCAUAGAUGCCCAUGAUUGCACGGCUUUGGAAUCUGUUUCAAGACCAAAGCUUCUUUACAGGAAUCUUUACUUCACAUUUUCAAACUGCUUCCAGCUGGUGCAAAAUCUAUUUGAAUAUAUUGUGGAAGCUCAUCAGGGUAAUCUGCAACCUUUUUCCUUGUUUAUGUGUCUUCCUGGAAGUAAACUUUCAGAUUGGUUCAGCCAUCAGUGUAGUGGAUCUUCAGUAAGUGUGCAUCUACCACCAGUGUCGGAUCAUAAGAUUUUGGGAUUCGCUGUGUGCGGUGUUACUAAGUUCAAGUAUGCACAUUAUACAUCUGAUAUAUCUGCUCCGUGUUUUUGUACCUUCAAAGGAGAGCAUGGCGAGUGCAGUUUCAGAUUUGAUUUGAUUGAUUGGAGCUUCGCAAGUGGCAGGUUACUUGAGUCAGAACACAUGUUCAUGUUAUAUAUUCCAUGGGAAAAUGGAGUGCAGCUAAGUGAGCGCUAUCCCACUGAGGCCACAUUUAGAGUUGAACUAAAAGAUGGUGUCCAAACACGUGAUUCUGUGGCACCAGUGCAGCAGCAUCACAUCAUCAGGUGUGGAGUUCGUCUCUUUUAUGCCAAUCGUGUAGAGUUGCAUAAUCGAAGCAUGACACAGCCCAACUAUCUGUCAUGAAAAUUCUGAAGCGGAACUUCAUGCUUUUGACAAAUCACUGGUAAGAGUUGCUCAUUCUAAGAGGAACCGUGAGGGGUGUCGCUAUAACGAGGCUGAACAAAGUGGAAGUGAUACCCCUGACGCGAGGAUUUACAGUCUAAAAGAUCGGUACUUCCUGAUGGGGCAAAGGAAAACUGAAGAGAAUAACUCCUGUGUGUUGGAUUUGAUGGCUCAGUUCUAUUGAGUCUCGACCCUUUCUACGUGGACCUAAAGCCAACUUGAUGUGGCUCUGUAGUUGGCAUAUGCGGAUCACAUGCUAGGUCUUUUUAGUGCUCGUAUGUAAAGCCUUGCAUUGUGUAAUUUGGACGAGAGGGUGACAACCGAAGCAGCUGCACUAGUGUGACGGAAAGAGGAGCCGAAACCCAAUAGAAGAGAGAAAUAAUUGGGAGCUGCUGCAUUUAAGGUUCUGUAAGAGUGAAACCAAUUAGAGAUUGUUGUAGUUGCACAGAGACGAUUUUGUUUGUAAUUCGUUUUUUCUCUCUUCUGUUUGUGAGUGUAUUUGGGUGUAUUUUGGGUUUGAGUUUGAGAGCACUCUUUGUAAUCUCCUUUUGUUUAUUAGUGGAACUUCCUCGCUGUCCCUGAACUGGAUGUAGGCUUACGCCGAACCAGUAUA